AAUAUGUAAGUAACAACACUUUCCUCAAUUAUCCUGAUAAAAUGUCAAUGGCCAUUGUUUGCUCGUUUGGGACGUUGCUCCGCCCCCCGUGUUUUGUCGUAAACCUGGCGCCUGGCUACAAUAUCCCCGAGAUAAGAGUGUCCUGGGCUCGCCUCCUUUUCCAAGGCGAUCAAUCGGAACUCGACCACGAGCGCUCUCCUACGUACACACAUCCACCAGGAGAGGCUAAUUCCACGCCAGAGGCUGAGCCGCGCUCCACAGAAUUUACCUGCGGGCUGAACAAUGUCCUUGAGCCCAAAGCACACAACGCCUUUCUCCGUGACAGAUAUUCUGAGCCCAAUUGAGGAGAGUUACAAGAAGUUCGGUGGCAUGGACAGCGCAGGUAGCCUCGCCUCUCCGCUGGGAGCGUACCGACAGCCGCAGGUCUCUCAGCCGGCCAUGCAGCAGCACCCCGUGGGCCACAACGCCGCGGUGGCGACCACUUACCACAUGCCGCACGGCGUCUCCCAGUUCUCGCACGGUGCCAUGGGGGGGUACUGCAACGGGGGCAUUGGCAACAUGGGAGACCUGCCGUCAUACCAGGAAACUAUGAGAAACAGCGCAGCGGCAACGGGCUGGUACGGCACGAACCCCGACCCCAGAUACUCAACAAUCUCCAGAUUCAUGGGACCUUCGACCGGCAUGAAUAUGACAGGAAUGGGGACCCUGGCGGGGAUGGACGCCACCAAAUCUAUGGUAACGCUGCACGCGGCGCCCCGGCGCAAACGGAGAGUUCUGUUCUCGCAGGCCCAAGUUUACGAGCUGGAGCGGAGAUUUAAGCAGCAGAAAUACCUCUCUGCGCCCGAGAGGGAGCACCUGGCGAGCAUGAUUCACCUCACCCCUACCCAAGUCAAGAUCUGGUUUCAGAACCACAGGUACAAGAUGAAGCGCCAGGCCAAAGACAAAGCCACGCAGCAGGCGCAGACGGAGAACGCCAGUCUGUGCCAGCAGCAACAGCAGUCGCCGAGGCGAGUGGCCGUUCCUGUCCUGGUGAAGGACGGCAAACCGUGUCAUAACUGCUCCAGCACGCCGACACCGAGUCAGCAGCACGUCCAUCAGCAGCAGCAGCAGCAGCAGCAGCAAAACGGGUCUGGGGGAGUGAUCCCGGCUUCCAGCAGCACGAUCAAUCAACAUCAAAACCAGCAAGCGAACUUAACCCAGACCCAAGAGCAGGACGGAAUGUCACCAAGUCCCCCGUCUUUACACAACCCGAUGAGCGGCAUGGCACAGAUAGACACGUCCGUCAUAGAUUACACCAGUAACAUGGUUAAUGCGAAUCUGCUUUAUAGCAGAGCUUGGUAAAAAUGGAUUAUCCGUUUUUUCUCUUCGCACGCUGGAGCUACAGUGCCGGGCGAACACCAGGCAGAGAGCGAACACCCGUGAACACUAGCCGCCGUUGACCAGGAGCGCAGAUAAAAAAACACCUAUUUGGUGCACUAUUUCUUGA